AUGAAGCCUCUGGGAGACAGCAGUCCUCAGCCCAACCUGAGCCGGUAUUUGGGAAUAUUUUCAGAGGCAUAUUCCCUUGUGGAUUCCAGUCAAGUGUCUACGUUCCUGAUUUCUAUUCUGCUCAUAGUCUACGGCAGUUUCAGGUCUCUUAACAUGGACUUUGAGAAUCAAGACAAAGAGAAAGACAAUAGCAGCGCAGCUGGAUCUUUUAAUGGCAACAGCACCAAUAACAGUAUUCAAACCAUCGACUCCACCCAGGCGUUGUUCCUGCCGAUCGGCGCGUCUGUGUCUCUCCUAGUCAUGUUCUUCUUCUUCGAUUCCGUUCAGGUUGUCUUCACAAUAUGCACAGCAGUCCUUGCCACAAUAGCUUUUGCUUUCCUUCUGCUCCCGAUGUGCCAGUACUUAACGCGACCUUGUUCGCCUCAAAACAAGAUUUCCUUUGGCUGCUGUGGGCGUUUCACUGCUGCUGAGCUGCUCUCCUUUUCUCUUUCCGUGAUGCUCGUCCUCAUCUGGGUCCUCACUGGCCACUGGCUCCUUAUGGAUGCUCUGGCCAUGGGCCUGUGCGUCGCAAUGAUAGCCUUCGUUCGGCUGCCGAGCCUGAAGGUCUCCUGCUUGCUGCUCUCCGGCUUACUAAUUUAUGAUGUCUUUUGGGUCUUUUUCUCUGCCUACAUCUUCAACAGCAACGUCAUGGUGAAGGUGGCCACACAACCAGCUGAUAAUCCCCUUGAUGUUUUAUCCCGAAAACUUCACCUGGGACCAAACGUGGGCAGAGAUGUUCCCCGCCUAUCACUGCCUGGUAAACUUGUAUUUCCAAGUUCCACAGGCAGCCACUUCUCCAUGCUGGGCAUCGGCGACAUCGUGAUGCCGGGGCUGCUGCUCUGCUUCGUGCUGCGCUACGACAACUACAAGAAACAGGCCAGCGGCGACGCCUGCGGCGCCCCGGGGCCCGCCAACAUCUCCGGCCGCAUGCAGAAGGUCUCCUACUUCCACUGCACCCUUAUUGGAUACUUCGUAGGUCUAUUAACGGCAACAGUAGCUUCUCGUAUCCACCGGGCAGCCCAGCCUGCCCUCCUCUAUUUGGUACCAUUUACUUUAUUGCCGCUCCUCACUAUGGCCUAUUUAAAGGGGGAUCUGCGCCGCAUGUGGUCUGAGCCUUUCCACUCUAAGUCCAGCAGCUCCCGUUUCCUGGAAGUAUGAUGGAACAGAUGGAAAGUGACCUGAACUUCUGCCUUGGUCCUUUUCACUUUAACGUGUGGCUUCGUCGUCUCCUAGAGCUGGACUGGCUGGUACUCGAGAAGGUACCAGUUAUGGGACUUGAAGCAAUGGACUUGGUGUUAAAAGGAGAAAAAGGAGGAAGAAAACAAACAAACAAAAAAAAACGAAAAAGCAGAAGCUGAACAUCUUGGAGCUCUGUGUGAUUCUUUUUCUCCACGCAGAUGUGGAAUUGGGGACCCUUUGUGCAACUGCAGCCACUUUCCUCUUUUCCUCCCUCGACCGGAUUAGCACCAGGCUGUGACCUGGGUGAGCGAGGAGGAGACAGACUCGAAACUGAGAACGGCGUGAGGUCGUUCAGACAUUUGUGAACACUAAAAGAGAAAACAAUUAAGCCAACUGAAACCGCUUCAGAGAACCCCUCCUGUGCAUUGGGACCAGUUUCCUGUUGGACUUUGGUUUCAAAAAGAACUGAGACAGAAUCUCAUCUGUCACAUUUUUUUUUGUUUGUUUUUGGGUUUUUUUUUUUUUUGAUUUAUUAAAUAUUUCCUGUGGUGUGAGGUUACUUAUUAAAUCCACAGACAUGGAGUGACUUCUUGCAGUAUACAUAUAAAAAAGAAAAAAACUUUGUUGUAACAAGUUACAUUUCCACCCAGAUGUCAUGUUGCAGUGAAAAAGGGCACGAUUUUUAUACAUAUAUAUAUACACACAUAUAGAUAUAUAUAUGAAUAAAUAAAAAAAAAAAAAAAGGAAAACCUGCUAAGAUCAUGCUAUGUAGCAGACAGGGGCUUGCUGUAAUUUUUAGCAUGUAGAGCAGUUUACUCGGGCUUUCUUGUAUAUGAAUCUACAAUGAGCUGCUGUUUUCUUUCCUCCCCAUCCCGAAACAACCUGCGAUUUCAGACCCCGUGUAGUCUUUGUACCGAUUGUACCCAUUCAUCUUAGGGGCUGUUUGAUUUUGAACAAUGUAGCAAACUAUGGAAGAAAAAAAGUCAAAAUCCAACCCUGUUUAUUU